AUGUUUAAAUGUUCUAUCAUGCUAAAAAUUAGUAAAAAUUUUGGUUUUGACAAUGAUUUACGAUUUACCUUGGCAAAUGCAAAAUGUGAAAACAAAGAAGUACAACAUUAUUUAACUCCAGAAAUAUUGAACUGCUUCAAAUUCACUCCAAUACUUAAGAAUACUAAGUUGGCACAUGGUCAGUUGUCAUUCACACCUCCACGAGACAGAAAUUUAUGUGUCAAGAUUCUACCUGUCUUAAAAGAGAGCUCACAUGUUGACAUUCCUUCUGAUCAGCUGAUUCAAGCAGUGCUGCACGACAUCUGCAACAAGAAAGAUUGUUAUGGGAGGUGUGAGCUCGAUGAGAUUCCAGCCAUGGAUAACAAGGGUGCAACAAAUGGCAGAAUUGAAAACGUUGUAGUUGAGUUCAGCUCUCCAAACAUUGCAAAACCCUUCCACGCUGGCCACCUGAGGUCGACUGUGAUUGGUCGGUUUGUGAGCAACAUCAGCAGGUGGUUCCAUCAACGCGUCACCUCCAUCAACUUCCUCGGGGACUGGGGCACUCAGUUCGGUCAGACGAGAUGCUCUUAA